AUGGGGUUUGGAGAAAGAUGGGCAAAAUGGAUGGAGGCAUGCAUUUAUGGAGGUCAUUUGUCGGUUCUUGUGAAUGGUUGCCCAACGAAGGAGGUGGAGAUUGGCAGAGGCCUUAAACAAGGUUUAGGCAGUUUGAUGCGAAGUGCGGUGGCAAAAGACUUUUUUAAAAGGAUUAAGGUGGGCGAAGGACCAGAAAUUUCAUUGCUUCAAUUUGCGGAUGACAUGUUGUUGAUAGGAGAAGCAACUGAGAGAAAUUUAUGGACAAUAAAGGUGGGGACUUUGCCUUUUCGUUAUUUGGGGCUGUACGUUGGAGAUAAGCUUAGGCAUAAGGUGGCUUGGGAGCGUUUGUUGGAGAAAAUGCCUCCGUCUAUUGUUAAAGAGGUGGUGAAGAUUCAAAGACGUUUCUUGUGGAGUGAGGUUAAGGAGUUCUCUACGAUUUGUUGGGUAAAAUGGGAUCAAGUUUGUAAACCUAUAAAAGAAGGUGGCCUUGGGAUAAAGAAGGAUGUAGCCUGGGUGUGUCAACAAGCUAAUUUUUGGGUGGAUAUUAGUUUAAACUGUGUUAUUGGUGAUAGUAGCACGAUGAGAUUUUGGGUGGACAAGUGGGUUAGAGAUGUUGCUCUUGCAGAGAUUUUUCCUAGACUAUUUUUUGUGCCUGCAAACAAGGAGUCCAAGAUCAGUGAAAAUGGUCGAUUUGUUGAAGGUGUUUGGAUGUGGAAUUUCCAAUGGCGAAGACAAAUCAUUUUCAGCAAAAGAGGCAAUGAUUCGCAAAUUGAUAGGGCUCAUUGGUGGUCUUUUGCUAACGAUAUGGUGUUGGCAUUGCGUCAUAUGUGGAAGGCACUGGUUCCCAAAAAGGCUAGUGUGUUCUCUUGGCAAUUGUUAUUACAAACUUUGCCGAUACGUAAGGAGCUUGUGAACCGCGGUAUGCUGUUGAUAAAUGAAUCUUGUGCCCUGUGUAAUCAUGAUGAUGAAGAGAUGAAGCAUCUAUUCUUGCAUUGUUCUAUUUCUAGCAGUAUUUGGUGGGAAAAAGAAGUGGAGGUAUGUAGCAACUAUUUGGAUAGCCAUGAUAUGGAGCUUUUGGUUACAUAG